AUGAUCGGUGCCUCAGAACGACAACAAUAUAGCUCGGAGGAGUUCCUUCAUCAUAUGCUGUCGACCAAUUGCUAUAUGUCUAUGCCGCCCUCCCUUGCUGACAAGACAUCCGAUCGCACGCCUUUCACACAAGUGGGUAGGGUCACGAAUAAGGGCAAAGAACAUCAGCUGUACAAUGACCAUUGCCAACAUGCAUUGGUCGAAGAAGCUCUCCAGGAGACCUUCAUGAAAUACAGAAGAAAUAUCAACCUCCCUCGUCUCGGUGCCUGGAUUGGCCCUCGCAAUGAAAGGUUCUGGAAUGAAUACGGGAACCGCUUUCCACCAGCUACGCAACCCGCCAGACAUAGCAUUUUGUCCGAGCGAAUCCUCCCCCUGCCAACAGCAAUCCGCGGUGCUCUCGUCGACGUUUUCGGCCUUGAAAAUAUCAAAAGGAACAAAGCAAGCUUCCUUUCGCAGCCCGAGCAAAAAGACUGCUUGAGCCGCAUUUACGUUGGGCGAAGACAACCAAGGUCAGCAACAAACACCUUCAGACUCCGCAAUUUCGACAUGACUGUGAAUGAGAUGGAACUUCUGCGACUUCCUACGGAGCUAUAUGCUCAAACAAUGGCUGAGACCUUGGCAGUCAUCCACUGGAAGGCCAAACUAGAUGCCAAUGAUGUGGAGUUUGUUCUCGGGAGAGCGCCUCAAGUAGGGAUGCGAGCUUCAGCAGCGGAAAUUGCGGCAUCAACCGAACAGGAUGUGGAAAGUCUGAGCAUCAAAAUCGACUUCUAUCAGCGGUCGAUCGGCAUCUGGCUUUUGGACUUUGACCAAUGCAAAAGCUUUACACAAGAUGGGAAUGAAAUCAAACAACUGGAACGUGCUUUCUACUUCAACGACCCCUACUAUCCUCGCCCCAUCUCCACUGACCCAAAGGACAUGGGUUUGUGGAAGCUUUUCAAGGACACCUAUCUGACAACAAGUGCUGCUUUCACGACGAGUACUAUGCUGGAACAAUUCAUUGCUGCUGUCGAAGCCGAGGGAGGAAAGAGGAAAGCCGGUGGUUCUUUGUUUGGGUAG